GGAGGACUCUGGGAAGGCAGGGGAGUCUGGGAAAGGAGAGAGAAGGCCGCACGCCUGGAGGGAGGGAGAAGAAGUCAGAAGGAGGAAGAGAGCAGGGGAGGGCACGCGGGCACGGAGGAAGAGAAAGGGCAAAGAGAAGCAGACUCAGGUGGGAAGAAGACAGGAGGGAGAGACGAAGCGAGGCAGAGAUGAGGUUGCAGGGCUCCCUGGCCUGCCUCCUGCUGGCCCUGUGCCUGGGCGGUGGGGAGGCUGGCCCGUUGCUGAGAGGAGGGGAGGAGGUCGGAGCAGAGGUAGGGCAGGCCAUGGGACACGGGGUGGGAGAUGCCAUUGGACAGGGGCUGGGAGACGCCAUUAGCCACGGAGUCGAAGAGGCCGUCGGCCAAGGGACCGGAGGGGCCGCCGGCUCUGCCAGCAGGCAGGCCCUGAGCCGCGGCAUGGAGGGGGCAGCCCAGGGCCUUGGGAACCCUGGGGAUGAGGCUGGCAGGCAGGCUGAGAACACCAUUCGGCUUGGAGGAGAUGCGGCUCACGGCUCCGGGCAGGCCAUGCCUGGCGGCAGUGGUGCUUGGGGAACCAACGGCCAGCCUCCAUCUGGAGGCCAUGGCAUCUUUGGUGCCCAGGGUGGCUCCGGAGGCCACAGCCAGGGUAAUCCUGGAGGCCUGGGCACCCCCUGGGGCCAGGGGUACCCCGGAGGUUCGGAUGGCAGCUUCGGAACCCACCCUCAGGGAGGCGCCUGGGGCCAAGGAGCCAAUGGAGGCUCUCCCAGCUGGGGGCCCAACGCUCAGGGGACCGUGGUCCAGCCCGGUUACGGCUCAGUGAGAGGCAGCAGCAAGUCACAUGCAGAGUGCACCAACCCCCCACCCUCCGGCUCAGGCGGAAGCUCCUCUGGCAACUCCGGGGGAAGCGGUGGCAACGGCGGCGGCAGCAGUGGCAGUGGUGGCAGCAGCAGCGGUGGCAGCAGUGGUGGCAGCAGCGGUGGCAGCAGUGGCAGUAGUGGCAGCAGCAGUGGCAGCAAUGGCGGCAGCAGCAGUGGCAGCAAUGGCGGUGGCAGCUCCGGGCCCAGCUGGGACUGUCCCUUAGAAAAUUCUAGGAAUUUUGAUCAAAGCAGCUACUCAGGCUCCCAGGGAUACAAUACCGGCUCUUCCUCUGGUAGCGGCGGUGGUAGCGGAAGCAGUGGUGGAAAUAAACCCGAGUGUAACACCCCAGGGAAUGAAGCCCGCGUGUCUGGAGGAUCUGGGGGUCAGGGCUUCGGAGGAGGACAGAGAGGGCCUGGCGGCUCUGGCGAUGUCAGGGAAAUAAACAAAGAAGGCAGUCACGUCGUUGGGGGCUCCCAAGGCAAUUAUCAGUGGCAAGGGUCCAGUGGAGGAGGUGAAGCUGUCAGUGGGAUCAAUACCUUGGACUCUCAGACGUCUCCUGGGCUCUUCAACUUCGACACCUUCUGGAAGAAUUUUAAAUCCAAGCUGGGUUUCAUUAACUGGGACGCUAUAAAUAAGGGCCAAGUCCCACCCCCCAGCACACGGGCCCUCCUCUACUUCAGCCGGCUCUGGGAGGAUUUCAAACACAACACCCCUUUCCUGAACUGGAAAGCAAUUAUCGAGGGUGCCGACCCAUCAUCGCUCCAGAAGAGGUCGGGCGGUGCCGGCCAGUCUGGCACAGGAUGGCAAGAGGCGGCAGCUGUAACUUCUAAGCACAACUAUAACCAGCAGGCAUACCCUACUCCCCCUGGUGGGCAGUACUCAGCCAAGAUCCCCUCUAAGGGGGGAGCCACGCCUUCUUCCUCGGCUUCCCGGGUGCAGCCUGGCCUGCUGCAGUGGGUGAAGUUCUGGUAGAAAAUUAUUUCCAGUCACCACUGAGGCGCCGAAAAACCACAGUCUUCAAGGAGUCCGACCAACCCCGUCCCCAGCUUCCCACCCCCCAUCCCCCCGCCCCCCGUGUCAGGCUUGAUCUAGGUGCUGACACCUGCUUUUUCCAGGUUGGGGACCCAGUCUGUCUGUCCCUUGUCUCUUGCAACCGCACUGUGGUGUCUCCUUGGCCAGCAACCUCAUCGGAUAAACCCGCCACUUUUCUUCACUUACUCCGUUUUGUGACCUGAAGUCAGUGUGACAAUUCUUCAGAAGAAGCUUCUCCUCCUGAGUUUUGUGGAAAUAAAGCCUGAAUAUUGUUACCCU